AUUCACUAUAGCUACACACUAAUUAAAUAUCAUUAAAAAAUAAUUGAAUAAAUUAAAAUAUAGUUGUUAUAAGAGUGAAGUUUUUAUUAAAAUAAUGUUUUUAUUUGUAUUUAUUACAAUUGUUGUUGUACAACAGACAGAUUUAGUUUCUAGUGAACCAACAUGCUUAUUACCAAACGAAAAUAGUAUAAAACGAAGUGAUUCUCCACCAAUAAUAAUUGAACAAGUAACAGCACCAGUAGUUCAUGGUGAAGAGCCCCAUUGGGAUGAUGAACAACAAGUGUUAUAUUUUGUCGAUGUUAGUAGUCAGAAUGUCUUAAAAUAUGAUCCAGAAACCGGUGAUGUUACAUCAGUACAUUUUAAUGGUGCUAAAGCUGUCACACCUGUGAUACCCGUAAAAGACCAUAAUAAUUUAUUCGCUGUCGGAGUUGAUCGACGUUUAACAUUAAUUGAAUGGAAUGGAGAAAAUUCUACCGUUAACUCACAGUACAAUAAUAAACAUUUUAAACUAUUAACAACUGUUGAUAAAUCACAUGAAUCAAAUCGUUUUAAUGAUGGUAAAGCCGAUAAAAAUGGACGACUUUGGAUCGGUACAAUCGGCCCAGAAGAUUCAUCCGGUGUUGCGCCAAAUCUAGCUACCCUAUAUCGUAUAACAAUUAAAGACAAUUUCUAUAAUGAUACCUCAAAUAUAGAAGUGACACCAGUGAUAUCGCCUGUUACAAAUAGUAAUGGAUUAGCAUGGAAUAAAGCAAAUAAUAAAUUUUAUUAUAUUGAUACGCCAACGCGAGCCGUUGUUAAAUUUGACUAUGAUGCUGAUAAAGGCACAAUAACAAAUAAGCAAGUGGCAUUCGAUUUGAAUAAAUAUGAUUUAGAAGGUUUUCCAGAUGGUAUGACAAUUGACGAAAAUGAUCAUUUGUGGAUCGCAUUAUGGGCUGGUGGGUCUGUUAUUAAAGUAAAUCCCGAAACCAAUGAAUUGUUGCAAUGCGUCGCAAUUCCAGCCCCACAUGUAUCAUCAACAAUGUUUGGCGGUGCUGACUUGGAUGAAUUAUAUGUGACAACAUCAAAACGAGAUUUAACUCCUGAGCAAAUUCAACAAUUACCACAAGCUGGAUCUGUAUUCAGAAUAAAAAAUUUAGGAGUACGUGGAUAUUUACCUCCCUAUAAAGUUGUUAUUGAUUAAAAUUGGAAAAAUUCAAUAAACAA